AUGUUCCAGGCUACUCAUUGUAGCUUCCUGAAGUUCAUACUGCUUGCAAUGUGUGGUUGGGAGGCAGUGACUGCUUUCUCCAAUGCCUCGCCACUGCUCAACCCAAACUGGGGAAACACAGACAGCCUGUUGCACCUGUACACAUCAACAGCAAGAAAGAGUUUCCACCUGCAAAUUAACUCCAAUGGCCAUGUGGAUGGAAGUCCUUACCAAACCAUUUACAGUGCCCUAAUGAUCAAAUCUGAACGUACAGGCUAUGUAGUGAUAAAUGGUGUGAAAAGUGGACGCUUCCUCUGCAUGGACAUUAAUGGGGAUAUCUUUGGAUCGCAUUUCUUCAAUUAUGAAGAUUGCACUUUCAAACAUUGGACUCUGGAAAAUGGCUAUGAUGUUUACCAGUCUCCCAAGUACCGUUACCUUGUCAGCUUAGGAAAAGCUAAGCAACCUCUAUUCCCCAGUAUGAAUCCACCUCCUUAUUCCCAAUUCUUGACCAGAAGAAAUGAAAUUUCGUUAGUUCAAUUCAACACACCAAAGCCCCCCAGACGUACUAGAAAUGCCAGUGCCGAUCCAUGUGGAAGUAUCAUAUCAGUUGGCAACAUCUCUAAAGACAACGCAAAGUCACAAUCAUCCACACAUCACAGUUUAGCUAAUUCAGAUGCUGAAGAUGGAGACCCAAACAGCGCAACAUUCAACAGAUGGUUUUCAAGCCCUAGGACCAAUAUCAAAACAUGA